GACUUUGCACUACCUUGAGCCGCAUUCAGUUUCGAUUUAACGCUGAACCUGAUCGUAGGUUAACCGAACAUCACUCUCAGAAGUCACUCACAAAUUUCGGCCGGAAAGAAAGACAUAUAACUUUUAUCGCCACUUUAGCGGCUCUUUCGAAUAUAUAUUUUUAAAUUUUGUCGGACAACAUAAUUUUGGUUUUUCGAAAAUCCAACUGUCGACAAUUAGGAAAAUUGCAAUCAAAGAUUUCUUUUUUUUUUCCCGAUCGUUCAUUGAAUUGAUCCGUCCGAUCGUACGUGAUAUAUACUUUCGACUUCGUUGGCAUUUUUUUUUUCUUAUUGUUGUUGUUUUUUUUCUUUACACUUUGGUGUUUUCUAUUUAUUGUUUGUCUUGAGUGGUUUUUUUUUUAUAAAAAUUUAUUUAUAAAUAAAUAAAAAGUGAAUUGAAUUCGAAAAAGUAAAAAAAAAAAAAUGUCGAAUGCGACAAUGGAGAAACAACCGGGAACAGCAGAAGAUGACAGAUGCAUUAGUGGGCCACUAGAGUGGACGAUAUUAAUAGUUGCAAUUGUUUUGGGUAUUGCCCUGCUCUUGUUUCUGAUCAGAAAACUCGUCCAAGGACCAUUUUAUCGCAAAAAGAAUCGCAUCGAUGGCAAAGUGGUUGUUAUCACAGGCUGCAACACAGGAAUUGGCAAAGAAACCGCCUUAGAACUUGCAAGUCGUGGUGCAAAAAUCUACAUGGCAUGCCGUGAUCCAGUUCGAUGUGAAGGUGCUCGUUUGGAAAUCAUCGAAAAGACUAAAAAUGAAAAUAUUUUCAAUCGAACAUUAGACUUGAGUUCGUUAGAGUCUGUUCGGAAAUUUGCUGACAAAUUCUUAGCUGAAGAACCAAAAUUAGACAUUCUCAUCAACAAUGCCGGUAUUAUGGCAUGUCCCAAAGGAACAACAAAAGAUGGCUUCGAUUUACAAUUGGGUACAAAUCAUUUAGGACAUUUCCUACUAACAAAUCUACUUCUGGACUCAUUGAAACAAUCUGCACCAAGUCGUAUUGUUGUUGUUUCUAGUGCCAUUUACAUUUUUGGAAAAAUCAACAAAGAAGACUUGAAUUGGGAGAAAAGCUACAGCAAAUGGGGUGCCUACUCUCAGAGUAAACUUGCUAAUAUUUUGUUUACAAGAAAAUUGAACGAAAUGCUUCAUGGAACUCAGGUCACUGUAAAUUGUUGUCAUCCUGGAGUUGUCAAGACUGAAUUAUCUCGUCAUAUCAUUUCUGGAAGAACUAAAUCCUUGCUACGUCCUGUGACAAGAUUCUUCUUCAAGUCACCCAAAGCUGGUGCACAAACCUCAAUACGAUUGGCUCUAGAUCCAGAUCUAGAAAAAUCAUCAGGUGCCUAUUAUUUCGAUACAAUCAAAUGCCCAGUGCUGCCAAAGGCUAAAAAUAAGGAAAUGGCUGACUAUUUGUGGAAGAUUAGUGAAGAAAUGGUUGGACUACGACCAAAGGAACAAAUGACAGUUGUGCCAGUUACAUUGCAUGUACCACCUAAGAGCGAAUCGAAUGGACACACUACCGUUAUUGAUGUUGAAAGUGCUCCAAAUGAUAUGCCAGAUAAUAAAAAAAUGGAAGAAGCUAUUAUUAAAUCGAAUGGAAUUUCGGAAAAAUCGGAAAAAAUGAAGAAAAUGUCAGAAAGUGAGAAGCAAGAUGAACCGGAAAAGGUUGAUAAGUCCGAAAAGAUGGAAAAAAUGGAAGUGACUAUUACACGAAAUGAACCAGAAGAGAGUAAGAAACAAGAGAAAAUGGACCUGCCCGAAAAAAUUGACACCUCAGAAAAAUUCGAAAAAAUGAACAUGACGAAAACUAACGGUGAAAUGGUUGUGAGUGAAGACAAACCAGAUGGUGUUGAAAUGAAACAUGAAAUGCAACCUAGACAAGCAAUGGAAAAGAAAGAUCCUAUGGAAAAUAUUAAUGCAAUUGAGAAGGCUUCAGAUGUGAUAGAAAAGAAUGAUAUGAAAGAAACAACAGAAUCAGUUGCAGAAAUUGGAACGCGAGAAAAAGCUAUUUAAGAUGACUAAUUUAUAAUUUUUUAAGGAUCAGUUUUAUGUUUUUUUUUUUAAUUUUUAUUUUUAUAUAUAUAUUAAUUAAAUACUCAUCGCAUUAUUAUUUAGUUUAUUUAAUUUAAGAUUCAUUUCAUACUUAUUAUUAUUAUAAUUAUUUUUGAGUGUUAACUAUUUUAUUGGCUGCCUAUAAGAAUUUUUCAAGUUAAAAAUAAACAAGACAAGAAAUAUUUUUUAUUGUAAAUAAAUUAAAUUGUCAUACA